UAUCAUAAUGCUUAAUAGUUCAUGGGCGGAUUUUUCAGCUGUUCGUAUGCGGCCACACCUUACGAUCCACAUUUCAUAUUCCACCAUCCACAACAGUUGUCACUACUCACUAUUUGCUGCCCGAUGCAGGGUGGUGGCCAGCCGAUAACACUGCUGUAAUUGUGGGAUUUAUUUACUUUCAAUAAUGCGGUCACAUUGUUUGCAGCCAGUGUAAAUGUCAGUCGCAAUUUGUUUUUAAAAAGUUUUGCGUUUAGAACUAUCAAAAAUUAAACGACAAUUGAGCAACAAAACGUUAAUUAAAAGGCAAACCAAGUGUUAAACCUGUAUAUUUCAGCGGAGGAGCAAGAAAAGCCUCAAAAUUGGUAAAGUGGACGGCAACACUAUGGGCAGCUCGGACGAUCGCGUCUAUGCUGCCGAAAAAAUCAUCCAGAAGCGCGUUAGAAAGGGCGUUGUGGAGUACCGUGUUAAAUGGAAGGGCUGGAACCAACGGUAUAACACAUGGGAGCCCGAGGUAAACAUCUUGGACCGUCGCCUAAUUGACAUCUAUGAGCAAAGCAAUAAAUCUUCAGGCACGCCCUCGAAACGUGGAGCCGCACUUAAAAAGGAAAAGAAAGAAAAGGAGCCUGAUCCAGACCCAGAGUCUGAGGAGGAUGAGUAUACAUUCACCGGUGAUGAUUUGCCUGAUACUAAUCAGGCAACCACAUCGACGGCUACCGCAACUAACGAUGGCGCUGAUAAAAAGGAUAAGGAUAAGAAACACCAUCAUCACCACCAUCAUCAUCACCAACAGCAGCACAACAGCAACAACAACAACCAAAGUAUAAAGUCCGAACGUAUUAGCAAUCGUCGCUCUGAAUCGCCGUUAACUCAUCAUCAUCAUCAUCAUGAUGCGAAGCGACUGCGCAUGGAUCACAGCUCCUCAUCGAAUUGCAGCUCUACGCACAAUGAGAAUACGUUUGCACCAGAGGCAGACACCAAUUCAUCAAGCUCAGAGGAUCAACCACUUAUGGGCACCAAGCGAAAAGCUGAGGUUCUCAAAGAAUCGGGUAAAAUUGGUGUCACAAUUAAAACAUCGCCAGAUGGACCAGCAACUAAGCCGCUGCAGUCCUCGCAAGAUCAACAGCAGAAUGCAACGGAAACGCCCGCACAGUCACACAAAACAGAGCUACAAGGUACGCUGCAAGGAACUCAAACAGAAACUGGUGAAUCUUCUGCACCCGCCUUUACCGAGGAGGAGGACGAUGAGGGCUUAACGACUGCGGUGCCGCCAUCAGAGAACAAUAACAUACCAAAACUGACUGGCACCUUGGCGUUGAGUCAAAAGCAACCGGUAAGCCCGCUAUCCCCACGUGCAUUGCCGCCGCGCUUCUGGCUGCCCUCCAAGUGCAAUAUGUCGAAUCGUGUGGUCAUCACGGAUGUUACUGUCAAUCUGGAGACGGUCACCAUACGGGAGUGCAAAACGGAGCGAGGAUUCUUUCGUGAGCGGGACAUGAAAGGCGAUUCCUCGCCGGUGGCUUAAGCCAUAGCUUUGCUCCGAAUUCAAUUGUAAAUAGUUUUACGAAACACAACAAAACAAAACAAAAAUCCAUACUAAAUGUUGCAAAGCAUUUUCUUUUAAGAAACAACUUAUUUAUUGUAUUUAUUUAUAGCCUAGAAACUAGUUGUUGUUUUAUUACAAUGUUUAAAGAGCAGCUUCCGGGUGUUGCACAGCCACGAAUGUUGAAAUUGUUCGCUGUUUGCGCCUGCGCAACGCCUGUUAGUUCAUAUAGUUGUAUGUCUAGUAGUUUAGAAGAGUAU